AUGGAAGAAGAAGCCGUGCUCAACUUUGUUGCCAUAACGUCGGCCGAUCCUGAAAAGGCGGCCCAGUAUUUACGGCUUGCGGAUAACAACUUGGAGCAAGCCAUCCAACUUUACUUCGAUAGCCCCAACCUCGAUGUGGGUGGCGCGCCCAGUCAGCCCGCGGCAACUGGGUCUUCGAAUGCCAAUAAUCCCAUCCAAAUAGAUUCGGAUGAGGAGAUGUCCGACAUCGACGCAGGUCCAGCUACACGUUCACAUCGGACAAAUUUUGAAGACGAUGAGGCUAUGGCACGUCGACUACAAGAAGAGAUGUAUGGUCAACCUGCAAACGAGGAGGUUCGGGCACCAAUGGCCCGUACGACGGAGACACUGGUCGGCCCUGGGUCGAAUUGGGGACCGGCCGACGCCGAAGCUGACCUGGAUGCUAUGGUGCAGGAGCAGCUUGCCAAUAGAAGGGCCAACCGAGCUCGACCCGGUAUUUUCAAUCAACAAACUUCGCGAUCAGGAACAUCUGUGUGGGACGAAGCUGCUGACUCCAAUGCUAGACGUCGAGAGUUGGCCACGGCGACCGGAGGUGCAUCAGAGUCAUCUUCAAAAUCGAACAUGCUUGCGCAAAUGUAUCGACCGCCAUUCGAAAUCAUGUUCCAGCAAUCAUGGGAUAAAGCGCGUGAUGAGGGCAAGGACCAAGAGAAGUGGAUUAUAGUCAACAUCCAGGAUCCUGCGAUUUUUGACUGCCAGAUCUUGAACCGCGAUAUAUGGAAGAACGAAGACAUCAAGGCUACCAUUAAGGAGAACUUCAUCUUCAUGCAGUACAACAAAGAUGAUCCUCGAGGUUCACAGUACGUCAACUAUUACUUCCAGAACCGCGACAGCCAAGACGCGUACCCGCAUGUCGCUAUCGUGGAUCCUCGCACUGGCGAGCAAGUCAAGAUCUGGUCCGGGCCCCCCGUUCCCCCACCUGUGGAAUUCCAUGCUCAGCUCCACGAGUUCCUUGAUCGUUACAGCCUUAAUGUCAACGCCAAGAAUCCAGUAGCAACACGGAAGCCAGAGAAGAAGAAGGUUGAUGUGGACAGAAUGACAGAAGAGGAAAUGCUAGAAAUGGCAUUACAAGCUAGUCUCGACAAUAGCAAGGGACCCAAAGAUGACGAUCCUGAUGCGCUUACAAAAGGCACCACAAGUAUUGGGAAAGGCAAGGCAAAGGUUGAAGAAGAGCCUGCACCCGAAGAGGAACCCGAAACCAAUGCUUCUUCCGCAGACCCAAGAUUUGCCUCAAUUUCUUCAUCGGUCCCGUAUGCGGCGCCUACAGGACCCAAUAUCACCCGUAUACAAUUCAAAUCCACAGACGGCAAGCGAGUUGUCAAGCAAUUUAGUCUUGAUGAUCCUGUGCGUCGAUUGUACGAAUGGAUCAAGGCCGGUGGGUGGGAAGGCAAAGAAGGGGCCGAGUUCGAUCUCGUCUUUCUCAGCAAGAACCUCCUUGACUCUCUAGACCAAACAAUUGGAGAAGCCGGUCUGCGGAAUGCUGCGGUGAAUCUAGAGUUCACAGAGUAA